AUGAGCAAGGAAGAGCCCGGCGCGACGUCCACCGUGGUCCACAUCCACAGCGAGACCCCCGUGCGGGACCACAUCGUCUGGUCCCUGUUCAACACCAUCUUCCUGAACGUCUGCUGUCUGGGCUUCAUCGCCUUCGCCUACUCCGUGAAGUCUAGGGACAGGAAGAUGGUGGGCGACGUGACCGGGGCCCAGGCCUACGCCUCCACCGCCAAGUGCCUGAACAUCUGGGCCCUGAUCCUGGGCAUCCUUGGGACCAUUGGUGUCAUCCUCGUUCCGGUCUUGAUCUUCGUGGUGUUUCAGUAGACUGUGAGGCCACGUGGAGUUCAUCAUCGCCAGCCCAUGCGCCCGACCUUCCGUUCUCUUCCCACUGCCUCGGCCCCUUCUACAGCAGUUUGUACUCACACACUUUUCUACAGUGGCGGUCAAUAAAGUGCAUGUGUCACAA